AUGUUUGCUUUAACCAUACAAAAUGCUUGCAAACAGAGGAGAGCAACCAAAAACGUAAAACUUCACAUUCCACCCACACUCCGUAAACCCUAUCGAGUUUUGAUCGCAUGUUCUUCGCCCUCGAGUGAGGAUUUUCUAGAUAUUCCAUUGAGUGAAGAUGAAGAGGACAUGGGAAAGAGGUUUCCGAUUCACAGUCCCUUGAAGAACAUGAGUGAAUACAAGUGGGAAGUGGGAACCUUGUAUGUGUCAAGGGAGGAGUUCAAAGACUGUGCGACUGCAUAUGCUGUCAGUAGUGGAAGGGGUCUUAGAUUCUCUAAGGUGGAUCUGAGGAGGGUUAAAGUGGAGUGUGUGGAGGGCUAUGAGUGGUACGCAUACUGUGGAAAAUCGAAGCAUGAGCGAAGUUGGCAGUUGAAGAGUUGCAACAACAAGCACAACUGCUCCAGGGAGUUGAAGAUUGGUAUCAUGCAUGCCAAGUGGCUGAGUAAAGUUUUUCUAAAUAAAAUUGCUGAGAACCCGAAGAUUAAGUUAACCACACUAAUGAGGAAAGCAUACACAAAGUGGAAUGUGGAGUUGACCAAAUCUAAGGCUUCUAGGAUCAAACAGUUUGCUCUGGAUGAGUUGCAGGAGACAUACAUAGAGCAGUAUAGAAGGUUGUAUGACUACUGCCAUGAGUUGUUGAAGACUAACCCCGGGUCUUCAGUGCAUUUGAAAGUCCAGAGGAUUCCGGAGUUUGCUUCUGAACGACCAGUGCCAGGGGUAGAUUUAAGACCCAGAUUUGAGAGGGUCUAUGUGAUGUUAGAUGCAUGUAGGAGGAGUUUCAUGGCUUGUAGGCCGAUGAUUGGGUUGGACGGCUGCUUCCUGAAAACACCCUAUGGAGGCUGGCUCCUAACUGCAAUGGGUUGGGACCCAAACGAUCAAAUCCUACCGAUAGCAUAUGCAGUUGUCAAAGCUGAAACUAAGGACUCAUGGACAUGGUUUCUCCAGCAUCUGUGUGAUGACCUGGGAGUUGACAAGAUUAGGACCUGCACCUUUAUGUCUAACCAACAGAAGGGUUUAGUGCCAACUUUUAAGGAGCUUCUGCCUGGGUUGACCAUAGGUUUUGUGUUAGACACCUGUAUGCAAAUUUCAAGAAGAGAUAUCCAGAGAUCCAGUUGA